CUUCCCCCCACUCAUCUCAAGCGACCGAAAUACCCUUGCCCUAAAAAAAACCCAGCCAGCCCCUAACCCCGGCUCUCGAUCUCGAAAAAUGGCGCCCAAGGCGGAGAAGAAGCCAGCGGCCGAGAAGAAGCCCGCGGCGGAGAAGCCGACGGAGGAGGAGGAGCCCAAGAAGGCGGAGAAGGCCCCCGCGGGGAAGAAGCCCAAGGCCGAGAAGAGGCUGCCGGCGUCGAAGGAAGGGGGAGGGGACAAGAGCGGCAAGGCGAAGAAGAAGAGGAAGGCGAAGAGCGUGGAGACGUACAAGAUCUACAUCUUCAAGGUCCUGAAGCAGGUCCACCCGGACAUCGGGAUCUCGAGCAAGGCGAUGGGGAUCAUGAACUCCUUCAUCAACGACAUCUUCGAGAAGCUGGCCCAGGAGGCCUCACGCCUGGCCCGCUACAACAAGAAGCCCACCAUCACCUCCCGCGAGAUCCAGACCUCCGUCCGCCUCGUCCUCCCCGGCGAGCUCGCCAAGCACGCCGUCUCCGAGGGCACCAAGGCCGUCACCAAGUUCACCAGCUCCUAGGCCUAGCGCGGGUCUAGGGGUUUUCCUCAUUCGAGUAGUAUUUUUUUCUUGUUUUUUUGUCGCUGUUUAGUUGUUAUCUCUAGUGUAAUUACUUCCUUUUAUGCCGUGGAUCAAAAAAAAAGCGCACUUUUUUCCUUCGAUAUUUGAUUAGUGAGUGAUUUCUGUGGAUUAGAAGUAAUUUAUUGUGUUGGUUAUUGUUCAAAA